AUGAAAGCACCUUUAAGCUCACCACUGUCCUCACGGAAGAGCAAAGGGAAGGAGAAAGCAGCCAAGCUGGCUCCUGUGAGGUUGGGGAGUGAGGAGGCAGCGGAGAACAAGUGGCCAGUGCCCAGCCCUGGUGUGGAUGAGGGUGAUCUGGCUGCGAGCAUAUCCCCAAAGCAGAAGGUGAAAGAGAAGGCAGCCAAGCCGGCUCCUGUGAGGCUGGGGAGUGAGGAAGCAGCAGAGAACAAGAGGCCAGUAAGCAGCCCUGCUUUGGAUGAGGGUGAUCUGGCUGCAAGCACAACCCCAAAGCAGGUGAAGGAGAAGGCAGUCAAGCCGGCCCCUGUGAGGCUGGGCAGUGAGGUAGCAGCCGAGAACAAGCAGCCGGUGCCCAGCCCGGGUGUGGAUGAGGGUGACAUGGCUGUGAGCACUCCUUUGAAGCAGAAGGUGAAGGAACCAGCACCUAAACCCUCUCCUGUGAGGCUGGGGAGUGAGGAAGCAGCAGAGAGCAAGCAGCCGGUGCCCAGCCCUGGUGGGGAUGAGGGUGAUCUGGCUGCAAGCAUAUCUCUGAAGCAGAAGGUGAAGGAACCAGCAGCCAAGGCAGCUCCUGCGAGGUUGGGUAGUGAGGAAGCAGUGGAGAGCAAGCGGCCGGUGCCCAGCCCUGGUUUGGAUGAGGGUGGUCCAACCGUGAGCACUGCCCCAAAGCAGAAGGUGAAGGAGCUGGUGGCACAGCCCCUGGGGAAGGUGAAGGCCACCAAGCAGCCCAAGCCAGGGCAGGCUGGUGCUUUGGGUGUACGUGACACUGUGAUCCUAGAUGGUGCCAGAGAUGCCAGCAGAGCCACAACUCCUCCAGGAGGGGCAUGCCAGGAGAAGCCUCUCCAUCCCAAGAGUGUGGUGGCUUUUGGAGGGGAUGCUGCAGACAGAGCUCAUGUGGAGCCUGCAGCUGAGGUCCCCAGGGAGCUGGGACCCCCUUGCUUUGAAGCCGGGACCUUUGCAGGAACAGACACCCUGGACGUGACUUGGCCUGAGAUGUAUGACUAUUUGUUCUGUGACUCCCAAGGGGAAGAAGAAGGAACAUGGAACUCAGUGGAGGGGGGAAAAACACUGGAAAGGGACAUGUCUUUGCCUGAACUGUAUGAGUAUUUUUUCAAUGAACCAGAAGGAAAGAGGAAAAAAGUCAAGAGUAAAGAUAGGAAGCGAAAGAAAUUCAGCAGCUUGGACCACACUGAGCUGCAGAAUGAGGAUCCCGAUUUGGCUCCAGUCAAAGACUCCGUGGUUAUCUCAGUCCCUGAGGUGUAUGAACACUUCUUUGCAGAUGGGCCGCGGAACAGGGCAGGCUGGAGAGGGAUUUUCUCAAUCACUCCCACCUCUGAGGUGAAGAAAGCUGUGGGGGCUCUGAAGACCCUCCUGCAAAGGCAUCUCACUGGAGGCCAAGUUCCAGCACCCCAGGCUCUUGUGCGGAGAGGAUCUGGAGGGAAUCUCCCCCUCGUCCCACUGGGUCCGCUGGGAAGAGGCGAGGCACAGUCAGACUUGGACAUGGCCCUUGCACUGAGAGGGAGCCCCGAGGUACCGCUGGCGCUGACUCACAAAGACAUGUGCCUUGUCUUCUGUGCCUUUGCAUCAUGGGCAGUGAAGACCUCCGACCUGCAGGCUCCGGAUGCCUGGAAGACCAUGUUCCUGGCAACUUUUGGCACCCUUUCUGCCAUCCGCUACUUCCGAAGGCAGGUCAGAGAAGGACAUCCCCGGACCUAG